AUGUGCAAACGUUCUACAGCUAUGCACUCGCAGCCCGCAUCCAAGAACGAUUCCUUAGAUACGGCCGCUUGCUCCCACAGAGAUUCCCCGCGCUCCUUCCGCUUAUCUACUGGCUCGGAGUCUCUGUCGUCUUCCUCGUGCCUCACCCGCGCGCUGGAGCCGGUGGAUGAUUGCCUGCUCCCGUCGCAGCUUUUGACCUCUGCCUUUCGGGCUUUGCUCGUGCACGCUGCUCUGAGCAUGCCGAAGGCAACUGAAGCGCUGUGCGCGCGCUGUCGGCGCCACAGCUGGAGCUCUCUCAGAUAG